AUGGGUCCCUGCAAUUGCAAAGAGCUUCUGUUGCUUCCAGUAGGAGAGUUCACAUGGGCUGAAUUAGGUACUGGCAUACAGGCCAUGAUCAGACACAUCCAAACAGCUUCUGCCAAUCCCUGGCUGUUUGAUCCACUGCAGGAGAACUCCAUUGAACCUGAGGAUAUGUCUUUGGAAAACACUGAAGUGACCCAAGAUCAGCUGCUGAACUAUCACUUGAUGUUUCCCAUAGGCCAGGACAAAUCCAUUCCCUGGAAUGCAAUCACUGCAUAUGAAAACAUGAAAGCAAAGCGAGUAUCUGAGCUCCAGAAAUGGAAAGAGCAGGGACCUUGUCAGAAGGAGCUCUACAGAGCCCUGUAUAAAUUGGCAAAGGCUCAGCAGAGUGACGGAGGGGAGAUUUACAAAUUCUACUUGCCCAACUGCAACAAGAAUGGAUUUUACCACAGCAAACAGUGUGAAACAUUACUGGAUGGAGAGUCUGCUGGAUGCUGGUGUGUCUAUCCAAAAAAUGGAAGAAGAAUUCCUGGAUCUCCAGUAAUGAAAGGAGACCCCGAAUGCCAACACUAUCUCAACUCACAAGAACAAAACUAA